UGAUACUCAUGAUUGUUAUCUCAUCGGUGGCAACUGCAGUUCAUAUCGGGCGUGGACCUUACAGCCAACUUGUCGCGAAAGGUCGAUUAAAAAAUAAAUUCCACAUUGUAGGAUGCAUGCAAGGCUCUGGGAUUCCACAUUUGAUUUCAUUGAUUUAGUUUUGCGUUGCGUACAAUGAUCCAUAUAAGCUUUCAAAUUCAAUUAUUCUAGAAUUGUAAGUAGUUCAUCUCUAACUUUAUUACAAGGAAGAUCAAGUAGAUGUCGUUCUCGCAUUUUGGUCAACAGAAAAUCGCGUCCACAGAUGUGGAGUUGCUUUUUGAGUUUGGCGGCACGCUCGUCGUUCCUCUGCGUCUCCUCGACAAAUUUCCCAUUGUUAGGCAAUUAGCGCGCGAUGAGUUGAAGGCUGCAAGCAAUUCCGCAGCACGGGUAGUGAAUCGGGCUCGAAGGAUGCUUGUGGAGACGAAUGGUCAGGAGGCUGAGUGUACACCUGCUGAUUCCGCUGCGAUUGAAGCAAAAUCGGCGUCGGCCUCUGGCUCGACUGGUAGAGGUGUCAUGAACCCGGCCCACCAGUCCAGGAGGGACAACUACACUUCGACCACCGCAACGGUGGAUUGA